AUGAAUGUCGCUUUCCGCUUCUACGCUCUUCUGUACCUGGUGUCGAUGAAAGCGGAUGGGCUAGUGGUCCAGCCACAAACGCUUCCCGCAGAUUCAAUUCAACCUCAGAUUCAGCGCAACGAAAGCAAAUCAGACGCAGCGACCGACUUUCUAGACGAAUUGGCCGCAGCAAUUUCUAAGCGCUACCCAACCAAUGACCAGUCGAACUUCGCAGCAUUCAUCGAUGCUCUGUUAGAUCUUAGCGAAGAAGAAGAAGGCGACGAUGACGUUGGACAUGUCUUCACCCCGUUUCCGGAACUAAUCUCGAUGAACGCUGACACGAACGCAUCAAGCACGUACGGCAACGUGACUGGAUCAGCAAGUGGAAAGCUGGAGAUUACGAACGGCGAUGAUGUCAACAUGCGCGACGGAGAGAACGUCUCCAACAACGCGGUAGUGAGACUAUUGAGUGGCAUUGCCGUGUCGAUCAUCGUGCUGCAAGCGUUUACUCUUACUAUUUAG